UUUCCCCCCCUCCGCUCACCGCCGCCGUGGACGGACGCCACCGCUCGCCGCCGCUACGACCGCCCCUGCCCCACCUCCCCUCUCGCGCCGCGUUCAUCGGACCUCAGGUGGGUGCUCGGCGGCUCCGUCCACCGGCCCCACCCACACGUCGCUCCCUCAACUGCCUCCCUCUCCAUUCUGUUGCGCCACUGGCCGCCGCCGUCCCAGCUUCACGGGCUCGGAUUUGGUCGCAGUCUACUUAUGUUCGUUUGAUCUGGAUUUCCAAUAGAUCAGAACUACCUGAGAAGAACUAGCAGAAAACAAAAGUGAAGUAUCACCACCUGGUCGUAAGAGAGCCAUGAAAGAUACAUUGACAGAACGGCCUGACAAGAAGCUUACUCACAGAGUUCGUCAAAAAAGAACAAAAGAAGUCAAAUAUUUACUGCAAAAACCUGAUCAUGAGAUUGAUCACAUGAAGCUAAGUGUGAUGCAUCUCAUGUUGUUACAAGAGGCUAGAGAGCGUAUUAAGAGUAAAACAAUUCCGUCAGGACCAUCAUCAUCCUCUAAUCAAAGCUCCCAGUUUGGAGAUACCAACAGUUUUGAUCCUUUUGGAGAGAACUAUGACAAUGACAGAACAGAGAACCACGGGCUAGAAAAUCCAACCAAGCUGAAUUACCAUUCCUACAUGAACAAACAAACACGUGCCAAAUGGUCAAAAUCUGACACUGAUUUGUUUUACCAGGGUCUUCAACAGUUCGGUAGUGAUUUUGCAAUGAUACAGCAGCUAUUCCCUGAUAAGACCCGUGAUCAGAUGCGGCAGAAGUUUAAAACUGAGGAGAAAAAACAUCCAAUGCGAGUCCAUGACGCUAUACUUCAUCGCUCAAGAGAUAAUUUGUAUUUAAAACAAGUAAUCAAGCAGCUCAACAUCGAAGAUCUGCCGAGGGACAUCAACAGUACACAUAAACAAGAGGUUGCAUCAAUUGAAGUAGACACUGGAAAUGAGCAUGUGUUGCAGGAUCUCAUGGAGGAAGAGGGUGAUUCAAAUUGGUCAGAUAAAGAGCUGGGCACGCACCAAUCUGAGGUCAGAGAGGGGGAGCAUGUUUCUGGGAAUGCUGAUGAUGACCUGGAUCUGGAUGUUUUUGAUUGGUACUAGGACGAUAAUCAUGAUGAAAAUUAGCAGAAAUGGUGCAGGGUCUCAUUAUUCUGCCAAUGUGCUAAGGACAUGUCCUGUCUCAGAUACGUUUGCUCACGGGAUUAGAUGCAAAUAGUACAGUUGUUAUGAUGCCGAAUACAAGCUUAUUCUACUUUUGCAUUUACAAUUCACUGAACAGAACGUCGGUGUUGCAUAGCAACGCCGUAUUCAUUCUGUAAUAGCCACAGGAGCAGGCUGGUAACCAUAUUUUGCGGUCUGAAGGUACUGAAUUUGGAA